AUGAAUGUCGGUCUAGUUCGGGAUUCUAUAGUUUACAAUUCAGAUCCGUUUAGCCCGAACAUGCACAAAUCUCAGUAUAAGUCACUGAAUAAUCUAAAACGACGAAACGAUAUUGUAAUAAAACAAGAGGACAAAGGUCAAGGCACUGUUGUAAUGUCAAGAGAAGUGUAUGAAGCUGAAACAUAUGCAUUACUAGAAGAUAAAAAGAGCUAUGAGGAACUGUCUGAGAAUCGAAUGUGGACAACAUACGAAACUGUCCGAGAUGAAAUUUAA